UUAGCUGUUCCAACUGUCUAUGAACCAUUAGCAAAGAAAAGAGGAGGAGAAGACCCCAUUUCAUUCUUGAACAAGCAACUCUUACAAAAGUACGAUCCUACUGGGAAAAGAAGAGCAUUAGUACACUCUAAGACCGGGUUGCGUGCUGGAGAUAUUAUCAAAGUCACCUACCUCGACAGAACCGAUGUGGUUGGAAGAGUUUUGGGUGUCAAGAGAGGUGAAAAUAACGUAGGAACCAACAUCUUGUUGAGAAACAAGAUCAACAGAAUCGGAUGUGAAGUUAGAAUCCCCGUGUUCAGUCCUAAGCUCAGAAACAUCGAAAUUGUUCAAAGACCAAAGCAAUACUUACCAAGAGCCAAACAAUACUACAUUAGAAACACCAAGCUCGACGUGGAUGACAUUGAAGCUUCCAUAAAACGUCAAAACAAGAAGAAUAGAAAGGCCGAAGAGACCAAAUAG